AUGUUUAACUCCAUAACCACGCAGUAUAUCCUGGACUUGAUAAAGCCGGAGGAGCUAUGCGAUCUCACAUCCGUUAAAGUCCUUGUUAUGAUGAUAGGAAGUCCCGCUUCUGGUAAAUCCUUCUUGUCACGGCAACUGUCGGAAAAAUACAAUCUCUACUGGAUUAAUCAGGACACUCUCAAGACCAAGCCCAGAUGUCUGAAAGCCAUCCAGGAAGCCGUAUACAACAAGAACGGAGCGGUUCUCGAUCGUCAGAACUCUAAGAGCGCAGAACGUGCAGAGUUCUUGAACCAGUUCAUCCUCCAGACCGGUCAGAUGCUUCCACACAUCGCUGAUGAUACAAUAGCUGAUGAUACAAUAGCUGAUGAUACAAUAGCUGAUGAUACAAUAGCUGAUGGUACAGUAGUUGAUGGUACAGUAGUUGAUGGUACAGUAGCUGAAAGUACAGAGACUGACAGUGUCAAUGGGUUAUUACGACCGCGAAUAACAGGUGUUUUAUCCAUAAUAGUGUGGUUUGAUGUUCCUAAGGACUACGUUCUCCACAAUCUUACAUUCCGUCAAAUUGAUAAAUACAGUAAGGAAAAACGACCUACGGAGGUACCUGUGAUUGCCAUCCAUGGCUAUUACAAAAACGUAGAACCUCCUCACACGGACUCUGACCAAAGUUUACUUAUACGAGGCAAAGACUACCCAAAAGAAAAUGGAUCUGACACCCAGUUUGACGCCAUUUAUAGAAUCAAAUUAAACAUGAUCAAGCCCGGUCCAUUUUCUAAUGAUGACUCCAAACGCUUAUACGGUAGCUUCCUUAACUGA